CACAUGAACGGCUUUGGGCAGUGACGCAGAGAAGAGCAGGAUACAGAUGCUCGGUUACUUUUCCGUUCAAAUAAAUUAUUAGACAUUUCCCAUAUUUUGGAACGCCUGGUUUUUACUUUUAUUAAUUAGUAUUAUAAUUAUUUUGUUUUUCUUGAUCGUUUGGAUUCACAUCGUCGUGUCAGCUCGAGUAAAUGUAAACGCGUGCACUGGGCAGGCCAGAGCGCUUCUUUAUGCCGAUAGUAGUGCGUGGGCUCGCUGAUUUCAGGAGACUUUGAAGAUGCCGCAGCCCAAAUCUCGAAAGAUCGCCGUGCUGGGUUACAGAUCCGUGGGGAAAUCCUCUUUGACAAUACAGUUUGUGGAAGGCCAGUUUGUGGACUCGUAUGACCCGACUAUAGAAAACACAUUUACUAAAAUGAUCACAGUCAACGGUCAAGAGUACCAUCUGCAGCUGGUCGACACAGCAGGGCAGGAUGAGUACUCUAUUUUCCCUCAGACCUAUUCCAUAGACAUCAAUGGUUACAUUUUGGUGUAUUCUGUUACGUCAAAUAAAAGUUUUGAAGUAGUAAAAGUUAUUCAUGAAAAAUUACUGGAUAUGGUGGGAAAAGUACAAGUGCCAAUAAUGCUGGUGGGAAAUAAAAAAGAUCUCCAUAUGGAGCGUGUUAUCAGCUGUGAAGAAGGCAAAGCGUUGGCAGAAUCAUGGAAUGCAGCAUUCAUGGAGUCCUCUGCAAAAGAGAACCAGACUGCAGUGGAGGUGUUCAAGAGGAUAAUCCUGGAGGCUGAGAAGAUCGAUGGCGGCGCCCCUCCAGGCCGGACACCCUGCUUGCUGAUGUAGAUUCGCACUCCCUGCCAGUCCUGUCCACUGGAGGACACACACACGGACCUUUCUGGAGAAUGCUUUCAAUCAGUCCUUUAGUUAAGGGAACAUUAGAUAAUUUUUUUUGGCUUGGGUCAGAAUGAGGUGUCAGGGGGUUCAGAUUGAGGUUUUGGAUUGGGUUUAACAGUGGCACUUAAGCACAGCUAAUGAUAAAUGUUCACCAGAAAAGUCUGUUUGGAGUCCACUUCCCUACCAAAAUUCCCCCACAACUCCCACCUCCUUACCACAACACUGGACACUGGGAAAUCCCUCUACUUGAAGUGGCUAACUGCCUGUUUUCCUCCAUAAAAAUGUUGACUUUUCUUUUUAACCUCCUUUUUUAUACUUCAUUUCAUUUUAAAUUUUUGUUGUGUAUUUAGAAAAAAACAUAUAAAUAUUCUUUUGGAAGACACACUGACUCCUCAGCUGCAAACCUCUUCAUCUCUCUCUCCCUCUCUCUCUCCGCUUACUGUUCCCAGUCACUCCAUCCAUGCCAUUCCUUCUUCUACACUACAAGCAAAACCUUAUGAAGUACUGAGCCUUACUCUCUCGCCACUCAUCUCUCCCUCAUUUCUUUUCUACCUUCCUCUUUCCCUCCACAAUAUUAGCAAUUUGUAUAUUGUAUUUCUUAAACAGUAAUCAUGGCCAAUCAAGUUUCCAGCAUUCAUUCUCCUCUGUAAUGAAUGAUGUUUAACUUUUUUUGAUUGUAAUCAUUAAAUGCAGCAUUUGUUUCACUA